UUUAUCAGAAAGAGGGCAUAGGGCAGCCCUGCUUGGGCAAAAUUAGGAAAACCUCUCUUAAUUAAACUUGUCCUGUUACAUUUUAUGGUUCAUCCCAGGAAGGUUGCUUGUUGCUAAUAUGUGCAAUGACAUUGUCACCUCACCAAAUCCAGCAGUAACCAAAUGCAAUGCAUCUUUUUAUGCUUGGCAUGUUCCCGAAUGUGUCUGCACCCACAAUAGAAGAAGAAGAAGAAGAAGAAGAAGAAGAAGAAUUAUUUCUUACAUGGCAUGCUGGCCAUGAUAAUGAGUUCCACAUGGCAAAUCCAAAAUGUGCAUGGACAUAGAGAUGGUCUCGCUCUUCUUACAGCCAAUCAAGUGGAGGGAGGAAGGGGGCCAUCAUGUUUUUCCCAUAUGAAACAAAUAUCUUGACAUUUAUGUGCAACUGUGUGGGUGGGUUUAUUUUUUAGCAAGGUGGGGGUGGUGCUGAUAUAUACAUGGUUGUUCAUUGCUUUAAUAUAUUAUAAAUGUGUGAAAAGAAAAAUGAGAGAAAGCAAAUUGAGGUUCCUGUCAUCUAUUGCCUAACUUCCUUCUUUCCUUUCCCUUUUCUCUCUCUUAAUCAAUUUGAUUCGAGUAUGAUCCCAAUCCUCUUCCUUCCUCUUUCACUGACUUCCCCUAGUUAAUAUUCAGAGCAAUUCUGUGUUUCUUCAAAGCAUUUUCGGGCAUAAGUUAGUAAGAAGCGGCAUAGCAGCAAAAAGUGUGUCAUGGAUAGUUCUCCCUCUAGAAAAUUGGACUCUAAUGUCUCCGAACUCACCCCAGAAACUCAGACAUCUAAGAGAAGGAAGAUGGUUGAGAAGAUUGUUGUUAGAGUGAGGAUUGGAGAAAAUGCUGUGAAAUUAAAGAACGAAGGGCCACCUUCUGAUUUCUGGUCUUGGAGGAAAUAUGGGCAAAAACCUAUUAAAGGAUCUCCUUAUCCAAGGGGCUAUUACAGGUGCAGUACAUCGAAGGGCUGUUCAGCCAAGAAACAAGUGGAAAGAUGCAGGACAGAUGCUUCGGUACUCAUCGUUACUUACACCUCAAAUCACAACCAUCCAGGUCCUGAUCUCCAUGACUCUAACGUGAACCAACAACCAAGAGAUCCCGAAACCCCACCGACUGAUCUUGUAGAUCAUCCCAUAACUCCCAAACAAGAGAAACCAGAAGAAGAAACAGGAGAAAGGCACGAUCAUCCCAUCAUGCCAAGCACCGAUGAAGAUGUCAGUGAAGGUCACAAUUUCCACUACUUAGAAUCCCCAAUAAGAAUUCCUCAAGAUAUCAUGAUUAGCCAGGACUACCCUUUCACUGAGAACUCGGAGAAAAGUCAUGACACAUUGGGUAUUGUCUUCGACGAAGAGCCCAUCUGUUGCUCCAGACUGAUGACAUUUUCAGCACCCAAAUCAGAAGAGAACAAUGACUUCUUUGAUGAACUAGAAGAGCUCCCCACAUCUUCAUCUUUCACUAGCUUCGUGAGGGGCAAUUUUUUCGAUGAAAGGAUUCCUGUUGUCCCUUCUUGAUUCUAGUUGUUUUUUUAUAUUUUUUUUCGCCUUUUGGGGAAAAAUGUAGUUAAAAAUGUCCAUGUAUAAUAUAGGGCACUUCUAGUGGUAGUUGUUUUCUUCCAAGUGAGUAAAGUAGUAAUGAAGUUGCACACUAACACAGAAGGUAGUGGAGUAAUAUAUCAUCUUUUAUAA